GGCAACGAGUUGAACUUUGGACUUUGGAGGCGUCUUCGCAUAUGAAGAAGACGUCGUUCACAGGGAAUCUCCUCUUUGCCCUGAAGAACGCGCGACGUUGGCGCCAAAAUCAACUGACAAAGUUCCACAGCAAAACCCUCCACGCUCGGAAACCCCCAGAAAGCAACGAUUUUUACUCUGCGUUCUCGAUACACACUCGCCUUCUCAAGUCCAGCCUCCUGACCCACACCACCGCCACGAAUCACCUCAUCAACCGCUACGCGAAACUGCAGGAAAUCGAACACGCCCGCCGGUUGUUCGACGAAUUGCCCGAGCCGAAUGUCGUGUCGUGGACUUCGCUCAUGGCCGGGUAUAUCGGCGUGGGCCGACCCGAGGUGGCUCUUUGGUUAUAUGGGAGGAUGAGGAGAAGUGCAGUGUUGCCUAAUGAGUUUACUCUUACAACUGCAGCCAAUGCUUGCUCGGUUCUUGCCGACCUUAGAGUGGGGAGAGGAAUUCAUGCCCAUGUCGAGGUGUUUGGUCUACGUGGUAAUCUUGUGGUGUGUUCUUCACUGGUGGACAUGUACGGGAAGUGCAAUGAAGUUGAUGAAGCUAGACGGGUUUUUGACUCGAUGUCCAAUAAGAAUAUUGUCUCUUGGACAUCGAUGAUCACGGCAUAUGCACAGAGCGGAAAAGGGAAAGAGGCGCUUCAUCUGUUUUGGGAGUUCGAUUAUUCCAGAUUUGGUUUUCCAAAUCAUUUCAUGCUGGCUAGUGUCGUGAAUGCUUGUUCAAGCUCAGGCUCUCUAGUCUCGGGAAGGAUUGCUCAUGGAGCAGUGAUUCGCUAUGGUUACGAUACUAAUGAUGUAAUUGCGAGUGCAUUGGUGGAUAUGUAUGCCAAGUGCGGGUAUUUCAAUUACUGUGAGAAAGUUUUCAGGAGGAUAGAAAAUCCAUCUGUUUUUCCCUACACCUCCAUGAUUGUGGGUGCUGCAAAGUAUGGACUCGGGAUGUUGUCCUUAGAACUGUUGGAAGAGAUGAUUGAUAGAGGUGUUAAACCCAAUGAUGUCACCUUUCUCGGGAUACUGCAUGCAUGCAGCCACUCGGGACUUGUUGAUGAUGGCCUUGCCAUCUUGGAGUCCAUGGAUAAAAAAUACGGAAUAAUCCCAGACGCAAGGCAUUAUACAUGUGUAGUUGAUAUGCUUGGCCGAAUAGGCCAACUUGACAAGGCUUAUGAGUUGGCGAAAUCUAUCCAGGUGAGGCCUGAAGAGGGAGCGCUCUUGUGGGGAACUCUUCUAUCAGCAAGUAGGCUUCACGGACGGGUUGAGAUUGCCACAGAAGCAAGCAACUGGUUAAUAAAGUCGAAUCAACAACUAUCUGGUGCAUAUAUUAUGCUCUCUAAUGCUCAUGCAAUGGUUGGAGACUGGAAAAAUGCUCAUGGUCUUAGAGUUCGGAUGAAGCAUGCAGGGGUUCAUAAGGCACGCGGUUGCAGUUGGAUCGAGAUUAACAAUUUAACAUACAUGUUCUAUGCUGGAGAUCUACGGUGUCCAAGGCGCAAUGAGUUGUUGGGUUUGCUGAAGGAAUUGGAGGGAAAGAUGAAGUUGAAGGGAUAUAUGGGGGGGAUUGAGGGAUUAGUGUUUGUGGAAGUGGAAGAGGAGGGUCAAGAGGAAAUAGUGAGCUUGCACAGUGAAAGACUGGCUUUAGCUUUUGGCCUGAUGAGCACCCCAAAAUGGGUUACCAUGAGAAUAAUGAAGAAUUUGAGAAUAUGUGGGGCUUGUCAUGAGGCCUUUAAGAUCAUUAGUGAGAUUGUGGAAAGAGAAUUCAUUGUUAGGGAUGUGAAUAGAUUUCAUCAUUUUAAAAAUGGAUCCUGCGCAUGCAGGGACUUUUGGUGAUGUCUGAAUUUGUUUAAUUUGUUGCGGAUUUCAGGGAUUUCCAAAGUAGCAAAUGACUGACCUUGAGGGCUUGUUGAUAAUAGACUGCAUGUUGCAUACCCAUUACACAAGAAACCAAAUAUUAUGGCUC